AUGCGCACAUCGCCACCUGGAUCAUCUGGAGGAUCUCCACAGAGCAUGAUACCGCCUCCAAACCCUUUCGCACACGUACCACCACCAAUUCGUACAACGACCCUGACUGCCCCGCCUCUCUCACAGGUUGAAGCAAGAUCACCUGGCCACGCAUCGAACUCAUAUUCUCAUUCUGUAGCAUCCAGCGCAGCGUCUGUUAGUCUACCUGAGAUGCAGAAUCAUGAUGCUCCAAUUUUCGGGAUCUCUUCGUCCCAGAUCUCUUCGGCGAAUCUCAACGCGCAGAAGCGAGCGUACAGGCAAAGGAGGAAAGAUCCAUCUUGCGAUGCUUGCCGAGAGCGAAAAGUCAAGGUAAGUCCGAGUGUCUCUAAAAUACAAAUUGCAAGAUGAAAAGACUCUUGUAAGUGGAGGGUGGCAACAACCAACUACGUUCGACGUCGUAAGCUGUGGGUGCUAUCUUUGUCGCAGAAACACUUUCUUUGCGCCAAGGUCGUCGAGCCGAUUAGUUGGAGUCGAUGGCUACGAAAAUAAUUCACUCAAGGCGGCCGUGGAAUUGCGGGUUCAGAUGUUAGGAUGUCUACGCUAGAGCGAAAGCUGCUUUGGAGUAUGUAAUUGUCUUGAUGCUGACUGCCAUCGUAGUGCGACGCCACGGAG